AUGCCGGACCGAUCUAGAUCACUGAUAGCCCCAGUGCUGAUUCUAUUGAUGGGGAUGGGUGUCGGUUCAAUGGAGACGACACUCCCGCCGAUGGGUUCUACGGGUUCAACGAGUUGGAUAGGUUCGACGACCCCAGGAGUGGAGGGGAGAUCGGAGGAGAUUUUCGAAAUUUCUGACAUUUCGACGCAAAUCCCAAAGGUUUACCCGGUGUAUCCGGAGUACAGGACGAACACGGAAAAACCGGUAAAGGGAUCGGCGAAGGACAGUUAUUUGGAUGCCUUAGAGUACUCGCACACCAAGAAACAGAGGGACGGGGUGAUCCGCAUGGAGAAGCCCAAGGGAGUGAAAUUGAUAAGGAGGAAUUACGAGGGACCGAUCUAUCGACCUGCUACGGAAUAUGGGGUACCUGGUGGGCUCUUCUCACCCGGGAAAAAUCCCAGAAUCGCCUAUGGACCGACACCCGAACCCUUUAUCCCUACCCCCAGCUCUUCGUACUCACUUCCGGUGCAGAAUUUCGUGAAAUUUGGAGAGCAGAAUCCUUAUGGCAGCGGAGUUCAAUCCCAGAGCCAUUAUGGACCUCCUGCUGGGAGUUAUGGACCUCCGGGUGUAACAUCUGGAGCUCCUGCUAGCUAUGGAACCCCUCAACUCAGCCAGCAAGGAUGGAGUGGUUACGCACUUCCGGAGAUACCCCAGCUUCCUGCACUCCCUAGUUUCGACAUAGCGUGGCCACUGGCGAUCAAAUUGAAUGCCUUCACAAUUGCCAAAAUCAUCCUGAAAUUAGUUAUCUUCAAACUGAUCGUUAAAUUCAUCGCAAUCAUCUGUCUCCUCAUGUUCAUACCGAAAUUAGAGAUGAAGAGCGAUAAGGAUGAUAUGGACGAUGACGAGGGCCGUAAGCUAGUUACGUAUGAUUCAGCGAUGCUGCGGAUAAACGCAUUAACUGCUGUGGUCCAUGAUGCCAUUGAUAAGUAUCAGGGAGCUGAUAAUCAUUCUGAGGAGUGUAGAAGCAUCACCUGCAGGGUGAAGAGGCUCUUGGGGGCUGGAGACACCUGGAGAGAUUAUGUUAGAACUUUUAAUAGUUAUGUUGCUGAAGAGAAAGAGGAUACGAAUGAUAUGAAAACUUAG